GACCGACUUUGAGUUCACGGUGCCGCCGGAAGCGCCGGUGUUCGAGCCGACCAACGACGAGUUUCACGAUCCUCUCGCCUACAUCGCCAAGAUACGGCCGAUCGCCGAGAGAUCCGGCAUCUGCAAGAUUAAACCGCCACCCGUGAGUAGCAGCGCAGGACGAGAGCGGACGAUUGGAAAGAUCGGACGCAUUUGGCUUCUGUUGCGAACGUUGCCCUCCUCUUCGUCGUCGUCAUCGUCGUCAUCGUCGUCGUCGUCGAGUCGAUCCGAUCCGAUCCUUUCUUCCUUCGCUUCCUUUCUUUCCUUUCUUUCCUUUCGCGUAGGUUCUUCUCUCUUCUCGCUUCUCUGCCGCCCGAAAGAAAGGGCACGUGAGGCGAAAUCUUUAAACGAAAAGUGUACGACCUCGUUUCUGUUGCAACGGCGCAUUUGUUUUUACGCAGGGUAUAAGUAAAAGGAUCUCGUCGACAAUCGUGACAACGAUUACGACGACGACGAGAACAAAAGUGAAAAAAAAAAAAGUUUUAAGAAGGGCAAAAAUUGGCGUUAGCAAUUAGCACGAAUCUUAGACACGCGUGUUUUUCCCCACGAGAUAUUCGUGUUCCCUCCGUCUACGAAAUGUAACAACCGUGCGUGUCGCGCGUCGCGUUGGGACACGGCACCGCAGCGACGGAGAAGGGAAUGGAAAACCUGGGGCAAAAGAAAAAAAAAGGAAAAAGAAGAGUUCGCGUCCAAAGAGAGAGAAAGACGCGCGAGAGAUCGAACGAAAUAACGAGGACGGGAGACGACUUCCGUUCGCAACGUUUGCACGACGCCGUCGCCAAUGACGCCAAUGAUGACAAUGACGACACUUAAGAAAAACAAUAACGAGGACGUCGACGCGAAGGCGACGCGAAAUAAAAUAAAGAUUGCGGGACGGUGCUCGGCUCGCGUAAAAAAAAAAUAAAAUAAAAUAAAAUAAAUAACCGCGAUCGGUGCGACGACCGCCAUAGAAAGGGAUCGCUCGAGACACAAUCGGAGACACCUCGACGAGCGGUCAUCUUUGGUGGGAGAGAUAAUCGCGAGAAAGGUCCGGGGCAAAGGGAAUACCGUGCCCGAUGUUUCCGCUUCGUUACCGGAUCGAGCGACAGGAGGUGGAUCCGUUUUGAAAAACCUGCCUGCGCCUUUCGAACGCGCAACGGAACGAACGGGACGAGCCGUCGUCGACAGCUCGUUCGGGACGACGACGAAAUUACCAUCGCGCGGGUGUGUUGUGCCUACGUAGGGAAUCACGUCGCGUUGCAGUUCGCCGCGUGACAUAAUUUUUUUCCGCGCUGUCGUCACCUUUCACUCCGCGCGACGAGAGAGAGCAGCGGCCAGCAGCAGCGAGACCUCCGCGUAAUUCGGAAAAUCAUCUAUUUGCCGACGCAAACUUCCCACCUGAGCGUCGUUUUCCCCGUGAUGGACGGAGCCUCGCAACGAUUCGUUGAUCGCGCGUCGUUCGGUUUAUGCCACCAUUAGAAACGAUUUGCGCCAUCUUGUUUCCGCGUGUAAAGAGGAAAAAUCCCGAUGACGCCGGAAAUCGUGGCCUUUUUUUUUCCCCCGGAGACUGGCGUGGGCGACACGGGAACGUCGGGUCGGAUUCUCGCGACUUGUGCUUUUCGCGAGGGGGGAAACGCGUGAAUACGCCCGACAUAUCUCGAGCUCGUCUUCUUUGGAAAAAUGCACGGGUGUCUUGUUAUCUAACGACGAUUACGAUCGUCUCGAUCGCGUCUGUCGUCCGAGAAAGAGAGAGAGAGAGAGAGAGAGAGAGAGAGAGAGAGAGAGAGAGAGAGAGAGAGAUGCGAAUUUUCUCUAGAAACAUGUGCCUUUCCCCUCGAUCAAGUUUUUCCUCCUUCGCGCAGAGAGGAUCUCGGCAUCUAUUAUGCACCUUCUCCGACAGCUCUUGCUCCGCGUCGCGUGUUUUGAGCGCAUCGAGAUAAUGGUAAUCUUUAAUAUCCGACCGUGAAGAUUGCGUUUUACGGGGAAAUAACGCGUCGCGCGAAGGUAAAACGAUAACGCGUUCGCGAUUACGCGUCCAUUCUCUCCGGAUGACCUGCCCAUCAAAAGCGCCAAGGCGCCGCGGACCCUCGAGACUGUUACAUUGUGUUACGCAGAACUGGCAGCCACCAUUUGCCGUCGACGUGGACAAGUUCAAAUUUGUUCCGAGAAUACAAAGGCUAAAUGAAUUAGAAGCCAAGACCAGGAUAAAACUUAAUUUUUUAGAUCAAAUUGCAAAGUUUUGGGAGCUUCAAGGUUCGUCUUUGAAAAUUCCACUUGUAGAACGUAAAGCACUGGACUUGUAUUCUUUACAUAAAAUUGUUACAGACGAAGGUGGCAUAGAAACUGUGACUAAAGAGAGAAGAUGGGCAAAAAUUGCCAAUAAAUUGGGUUACCCAUCUGGACGAAGCGUAGGCAGCAUAUUGAAGAAUCACUACGAGAGAAUUUUAUAUCCCUUUGACGUUUUCAAACAAGGAAAGACAUUGUCAGAUAUUAAAUUUGAACCAGAAUCGGACGGAAACGAGAAGAGAGACCGUGAUUAUAAGCCACAUGGUAUAAUAUCUCGACAACAAAUUAAACCGCCAAAUGAAAAAUUUUCACGACGAUCUAAGCGAUAUUCUGGGCAAGACGAGAAGCAAGAUGUAUCGAUUAAACAAGAAGACUGUAAAGAGGAAUGCGACUCGGACAAUGAGUGCAAGGACAAAAUUAAGAGUAGACAUCUCAGUUGCGAUAUCGAUAAGAGCAAAGAACUUAAGAAGUUACAAUUUUAUGGACCAGGCCCGAAAAUGGCGGGCUUUAAUACCAAAGAGGCAAAGAAAUCUAACAAAACUCGUGGUUUGAAGCUGGUUUACGACUUUGAUCCUUUGGCAAAAUAUAUUUGUCACAAUUGCGCAAGAGGCGACAAUGAAGAAAACAUGCUAUUGUGUGACGGAUGUGAUGACAGCUAUCAUACAUUUUGCCUUAUGCCGCCAUUGACGGAAAUUCCAAAGGGCGACUGGCGAUGUCCUAAGUGCGUCGCCGAAGAGGUCUCAAAACCUAUGGAGGCGUUCGGUUUCGAACAAGCGCAGAGAGAAUACACGCUGCAACAAUUCGGAGAGAUGGCCGAUCAAUUCAAAAGCGACUAUUUUAAUAUGCCUGUGCAUAUGGUGCCGACAUCACUAGUGGAAAAGGAGUUCUGGCGAAUAGUCUCGUCCAUUGACGAAGAUGUCACUGUAGAAUAUGGCGCCGAUUUGCAUACGAUGGAUCAUGGAUCCGGAUUUCCUACCAAGACAAGCGUUAAUUUGUUCACUUGCGAUCAAGAGUAUGCCGAAUCUUCGUGGAAUUUAAAUAACUUGCCGGUUUUACGUGGAAGCGUCCUUGGCCACAUUAAUGCUGAUAUUAGUGGCAUGAAAGUUCCUUGGAUGUACGUCGGCAUGUGCUUCGCAACAUUCUGUUGGCACAAUGAGGAUCAUUGGAGCUAUUCCAUUAAUUAUUUACAUUGGGGCGAACCAAAGACAUGGUAUGGUGUACCUGGUUCUCAGGCGGAACGUUUCGAGCAAUCGAUGAAGUCCGCCGCGCCAGAAUUGUUUCACAGCCAGCCUGAUUUAUUGCAUCAACUUGUUACCAUUAUGAAUCCAAACAUCUUAACAAGUGAAGGAGUACCAGUAUUUAGAACAGAUCAACACGCCGGUGAAUUUGUCGUAACAUUUCCCAGAGCUUAUCAUGCAGGCUUUAAUCAGGGUUACAAUUUUGCAGAAGCUGUAAAUUUUGCACCUGCAGAUUGGCUUAAAAUUGGGCGAGAAUGCAUCACGCAUUAUUCCAACUUAAGAAGGUUCUGUGUAUUUUCUCAUGACGAGCUAGUUUGUAAAAUGUCAUUGGAUCCAGAUUCGUUAGAUAUCGGAGUCGCAACCGCCACGUAUCACGACAUGUUGCAAAUGGUAGAGGAUGAGAAGAAAUUGCGGAAAAACUUACUAGAAUGGGGUGUGACAGAGGCAGAACGUGAGGCUUUUGAGCUUCUACCAGAUGACGAGAGACAGUGCGAAGCAUGCAAAACCACCUGUUUUCUCAGUGCAGUCACAUGUUCGUGCCACAACUUGCAGUUAGUUUGUUUGAGACACUUUGCUGAUUUAUGCUCCUGCCCACCAGAGAAGCAUACGUUACGUUAUCGAUAUACAUUGGAUGAGCUGCCAAUCAUGCUGCAAAAAUUAAAACUGAAGGCCGAAUCAUUUGAUUCGUGGGUGGCCAAGGUGAAGGAAGCGAUGGAUCCUAAAAACGAUAAAAUUGAAUUAAAUGACUUGAAAGAACUCCUAAAUGAAGCUGAAAACAAAAAGUUCCCUGAAAGUGAACUACUGACAGCUUUAACAACAGCUGUGCAAGAUGCCGAGAAAUGCGCCAGCGUUGCACAACAGCUAUUAAACAAUAAACAACGCACGAGGACUAGACAAACAGUUGAUACCAAGUAUAAACUUACAGUAGAAGAAUUGACACUUUUUUAUAAGGAAAUAACUAAUUUGUGCUGUGAACUUAAGGAAUCGGAUGGUGUCAAAUUUAUACUUGAUCAAGUAUUACAAUUUCAAAAGGAUGCAGCAGAAUUGGAAUCCAAGGACGAUGAUUGCGACGUAGAGAAAUUGGAGAAAUGCAUUGAUUUUGGUGACUCUAUCUGCAUUGAAUUACCUCAACUAGUACGAUUGAAACAAAAACUGGCACAGAUCCAGUGGCUAGAAGAAGUAAAAUCCCUUCAAGAUGAUCCGAAGUCUGUUAGUCGCGAAGAAAUAGUAAAGUUAAUCGAGAAAGGCAUGACGAUACCACCUCAUGUCAGUAUCGAAAGUACACUGUCAGAAUUGCACGCGUUAACGAAAGCAAUUGAUAAGUGGGAAGAGAAGGCCAAGGUGUUUCUUAAUACCAAAAAUAGACGAACCAUCGCGGCUGUGGAGGAAUUUAUUCGUGAGGCAGAGGAGGUUGAGGCGUAUUUGCCGAGUUUGGAUACUCUUCAAGAUAUACUUAAUAAAGCAAAGAAUUGGACGAAACUGAUUGAUGAUAUACGGUCAAGAGAAAAUCUUCCCUAUUAUGAUACUAUGGACGAUUUAUUAAGGAAAGGAAGAAACAUUCCUUUGCAUCUAAACGACCUUCCAACGUUGGAAUCUACCCUCUCGCAGGCAAAAGCUUGGAAAGAAAGGACCGCGAGAACAUUCUUAAGAAAAAACUCUCACUAUACGCUAAUGGAAGCUCUAUCGCCGCGAAUUGGCGUCGGCGUACAGGCAAUGAAAACUAAGAAGAACAAAGGCGACGAAUCCAUAGGUGCCGUUUAUGUCUGUGAUACAAAGUUGGACGAUUCCAGCGACUCGGCAAAUGUGGUAGCUGCUUUCAAGCUAGCAGAACAGCGCGAAAUGGAGGCGAUGAGAAGUUUGAGAGAAAGAAACUUGAUGAAGAUGAAAGCAGAAGCAGAAGAUUCCAAGUAUUGCGUUUGCCGGCGACCAAAAUUCGGUACUAUGCUCCAAUGCGAGCUUUGCAAGGACUGGUUUCACAUAAACUGUGUGCCUUUGCCCAAAACAUCGUACAAAGGUAAACCAACGUCGAAGGAUAUGAAGUUUUUAUGUCCAUGUUGUUUACGUUCUCGACGACCUCGUUUGGAAACUAUAUUGGCUCUCUUAGUGAGUCUCCAAAAAAUUCCGAUCCGGGUUCCGGAAGGAGAAGCGUUGCAAUGUCUAACGGAACGCGCGAUGAAUUGGCAGGAUCGAGCGAGGAAAGCAUUAGCUACGGACGAACUCUCAUCGAUAUUGGCGAAACUUUCUGUAAUGUCGCAAAAGUUAGUUGAAGCUGCGGCAAGGGAGAAGACGGAAAAGAUCAUCACUAGCGAGCUGAAAAAGGCAGCAAAUAAUCCCGAACUUCAUCAGAGAGUACAGGCUAUUGCGCCUCUCAGCGGAGUGCAUUCGGACGAUAGCACGCCUAGUACUGCUGAUGAUGAUGACGAUAUCGUUGCUCUGGAUGAGGAACCAACAUGUAGUACUUUUAAUAGUAAUGAGCACGCAUAUUCCUAUAUCUCGAAAAUUCGACGAAAAACUCAGUCGAGUGACAGUGAGUCAUUUGGCAUGUUAUCUUCGAGUACGAGAUCGCGUUUGGAAGAACUUAUGAUGGAAGGGGACUUGUUAGAAGUCGCAUUGGACGAAACACAGCACAUUUGGCGCAUAUUGAGUUACAUGAAUAAUCAUAAUACUAUGCGAAAAUACAAGUCACUUGAAGAAGUCCAAGCGAAUAUCGAUCAAGAAAUGAAGGACGUGAAGAAACGGGGUAGGAAGAGAAAAUCGGAGGAAUUUGAAUUACUUAAGAAAAUCGGACGCCAAAAGGCUGAGGAAAAAAAUGUGGUUAAACGCAGCAAAAGCGGCGGUCCUGUCGCUAAAGAAAAGAGACAAAGCAGUUCGCCGGUUCCCAUAAAACGUGGACCUCGAAAGAUGAAACGUAAGAGCGAGGGUGAAGAAAGUCCUAGGAAGCGAGGCGGUAAUCGUACGAAGAAGACUAAGCAAGAAAGUUCGGACGAAGAGGAUGAUUGCGCAGCGGUUAACUGUUUGCGGCCUAGUGGUAAAGAAGUUGAUUGGGUUCAGUGUGAUGGUGGCUGCGAAGGUUGGUUCCAUAUGCAUUGUGUUGGAUUGGAUCGUACAGAAAUUGCGGAGGAAGAUGAUUAUAUUUGUAGCAACUGUAAAGAAGCCGAUCAAAGUGCAUCGUCGAGAUCCGCGCCAGAUCCGGCUGAAUCAUUAGGUCUGGAUGCACUUCUUUCCCUUUCUCAGCCCCAGGAGUACCAUGGCAGCACCACCGACACGGAAGCGGGUGUCUAGGAAAACUACAUUCCUCAUCCUAGGAUUCACUAGCCCACUUCGUGUCGUCUGUUAGCUCUGCACAAGGCUCCGGGGCGUUUACGAUAGCGACUCUCGAUGCAAAGUUAACGUUAAUGAUUGUUUCUCAUCAAAUUAUUGCAGAUCGUAUAUUAUCAAGUAUAAUUUACGAGCGAGCGAGCGAGCGAACUUAAGACUCAAAGUAUUAUAACGUAGUCACAUUACAAUACAGCUAUCAUACAUGGUGAACAUUUUUUGUCAAUUGCACUUCACACAUUUGUAUUUACGAAGAUUAUAUGUUUAGAUAUUAAUAGCAUCGCUAGUCAAUCAUCGAUCUGCAUUUAUACGUCAAUCUAUAAAAUUUCCUAGGACAACGCUGCACAAUGCAAGACAAAAAAAUUAUUUUGUGCUUCCACACACACGUGCGUACUUGAAAUUCGCUUGUAUAAUACGAAAAUACGAACGAUACUGUUUUACCUUACGAUGCACACGAUUAUAAAAAUAUUUGUUUGUAUUUCCGUUUUUAUGUUUCGUUGAAUUGUUCUUUUUUUUACAAAAAAUAAUCCAUUUCAUUUUUUCCGACAGCGGAAGACAAAUCACGGAUGAACCGUGAUACAUACCUUUAUAAUAAUCGAUUUGUUUAUAGAAAAUAAUUGUUUUCGAUUUAAAAAAAAUUUUGUAUCACACCUUUCACUGUGGAUGAUAACAAAAUAAUUUUCACACGAGAUAAUUAACGAUCUGCGACCACAAGAUUGCAUUAUUCGUAGCAAUCUUAACAACACGGUCUAUAAAAUGCGUGUUACCUUAACUAUUAAAUGUUGGUAAUAACCUAAAAUAAGGAUUAACAAGCCGAUUAACCCAAAUGAUAAGUUGCGAGGACAUAGAGAUGAUAGCAACCAAUCGUUUUCGGAAUAUAAUGUGUUACGACGGCCAAAUGUCCAUCGAUCUUUUCUAUCGGCUUUUAAAAUGUCUACUUGGCGCACAGAGCGAUAAGCAAGGAUUUUCUUUGCGCCGAUCGUAUGUACAGAAUAGACUGAGAGAUGUGUGUAUUAUGAUUAGAUUAUACAUAAGAUUUUAGAGUAUAUCAGAAAAUAGAAUAAACAUAAGCUAUAGUUUGUAUAAAAUAAAAAGAAACGAGACAAGGAGAUAA